UCACCUUUUCUUAUAGACAACAUUCUUGUUACUUACCGAUGAAGACAGUCAGGCCAUACCUAGACCCUUCCAUGUAUACCUCCUUGCGUCGACAGCAACAAUCGGUUCAUCAAGGAGAGUGUUGAGGUCGACACUUAUGGUUAAUGCUCUAAAACAGUAUAUAUAGGGUUUAGCAUUGUACUUAAUUGAUUCUAUUAUAUAUUCUUUGGCUUUUCAACUCUAAAUCAGCAGACAUUGCACUAGCCCCUAAACUCUCAAGUUCUCAUUUCAUUGUGGAAUCUUGGCUUUUAAGAGCUCUGGUAGUAGCGGCCAGUUCUGUUGGCUACGAGUCUCUUGUUGAGUUCGACAGAAUUGAAUGAUCAACGACUGAAGCAGCGCGGGCAAGAGAAGCAACUAGGCAUUAGUGGGGUGUUUCUUGGAGUUCCAGUUUUCGUUCCUAAUUUGGUCAUCGGUGUUAGCGAGUUUAGUUACAUGGUUUACUUACUUGAUUGAACACUGGCCAAACAAAGUCGCUUUAGAAGUAUAAGGUCUAGGUUCAAUUCGUUUCUACCCCGGGAAAGUAGCUCGCGUUAGCGUAAUUGGAGUUCGAGCAAAGGUCGGUCUGCGAGAUGAGAUAAGUUAUUGGGGAAGAAAGCAGACAAGACGCGUCACGGCGAGGAAAACAUGCAUUUCAAUAUUGAACUUACGCGCAUACCAUCCAUAGAAGAUAGGAAUGGAACUGCUCAUCUAACAACUCAUUCAUUUCCAUUUUAUUGCUUAACUAAGUCUUGUGCCGCGCCCGAACUAGCUUUGAAGAAUAUAUUGCUUACUGACUUUCUACGGCUUAUAAAUAGGAUUUCACUUCCCUUUGUUAUUACCGAGUCCGACAACGGGAUGAGCAACAUUGUAGCGAAUGAAGAGCUAGACUUGAGUGGAACUGCAUCGAUUCGGCUUGCAACUUACACUCGAACAGCUUAAGUGUCUAGUGGGGCAUUCUUAGCUGAUCUACUUGACUCCCCUUUAGACUCGGGAAAGCUGUCAACUCAAUCUACUUUAACUCAACUUCCAGUUAGCGCAGAUCAAUCCUCUGAUGAGGUUAUACGACUCUCAAUCUUUGCGUUCAAGCCUUUUUUCCCUGACUUCUGAAGUGCUAAGUCAAUCAGUGUGCACAGGCUCCUUCUUUAUCUGCUUAGUUUCUGGAUUGAGUUCGCCGCACCGCACCUUUGCUUUCUAAAGAUACCUUCCUUUGUUCUGUGCUCUAUCAGCUUCCUUCUUCUUUGCCGCUACGAUCUUUCCUUGGUCAGGUCUUCUGCUCUGACUGCAGGCUCUGCUUGCUCUAUCAGCUUCCUUAAAGACCUAAGUAGCAUUUCGUACAACUAAACUUAGCACAACACUGAGUCUUGCGCCGAACUUAUCAUUCAUUGAAAUGGAACUUUCUAUACUUAGUAUUGUUGCGAGCAGCUCACUUACUUACGCACUUGUUCUUGGGCAUCGCCUUUGUUUUGUUUCAUUUCCAUUUGACAGCACUAGCCCCUAGACUGACUUAUUACUUGAAUCACGAGUAGAGGCGGACUCCGCACUUAAAGGACAGAAGCACAGCACCUACCCAGAAAGGAAGGACAGAAGCACAGCACCUACCCCGGAAGUCAAAGAGACAAGUUACUACUUAGCAACGGCGCGACAAGUCAGUACUUCGUUUGUUCCCCGAAACUUACUCCUUAUUAUCAACUCUAAAACGCACGUUGUUUGUUUACUUGUUUCAAAUCAAAUGAGUCACAUAUGGGAGAGGGAAUCAAACGACUUCUUACAGCAGGCUCUUUCGGGGUUGCUUUUUCUUCCGUUUUGCUUGUAGACACCAGACUCACAGUUCACUUUUCUUGGUUUUCUCGUUGCGAAUCAUCUUUCAUUCAGAAUGCGAUGUGCCAUUGAAAACAGGAAUCCUGCGGACCGGACUCAUAAGUGACGAAGAAUUAGGCCUGUAGAACGCUAGACUCAAGUAUAGAAUUCCACCCUUUAGCUUGUUUCACUUGCUUGCUCUCCUUACUAUCAAGAAGAAUCCAAUUGAAAUGAACGACAACUAAGAAGAUCCAAUUAGGUGCACAACAUAUGGAAGCGGGGAACCUAACCCCUGAAACUAGAACAAUAAGUUUGCGAACAGAUCUGGAGUGACUUGUGCCUUUUGCGGAAAAACCCUGUGAGAGUCUUGAACUUGCUAACGCACUAGCUUGUUCUCUACUUCAAAGACGGAAAACGCGCUGAGGAAGGAAGGUGGUUUAAGGCUUUCACGACCCGACGCACUUAGGCGAACUCAAGGAAUAUGCACGACAACUAAUAGAAUGAAGUAACCUAGAAAAACACUUAUGACUCAUGGCUCUAUUCUCUAACCGCGCUGACAUAUUACUUGUUUGUUCCGUUGCUUGGACCACUACUAUACCUUAACUACAAGGAAGCUAUACAAGAACUCUAUCCCUUGCUUCUUAUCAAGCUUAUUCUAUGGAAACUGCUUAUACUGACUCACUUUCGCCAACACCAGAAUUAGACUUCUCUUCUGGCCCACAGAGCGGUAAAGAACAGGCUCUUAGCACCUUUAAUGCUUGGAUCACACCUUUACCUUGCUGAAGAAUCAUAAGGACAUAAUCAAUCGUACCUUAGCGCUUCAGAAGUUAGGGCAAAUAAGAGGCUUGCUUGAAACCGGAACUGACCGACUUUGAGCUCCAGCAAGACAAUCAGUAUAGUGUGUGAAUAAGUUCCAGAGCAGAGGUAAACUCUCAAUCAGGCGAGAAAGAAGGGUGGACUGCAUGGUGUGUACUUUUCUUUACCGAGGCUGAGGCAAGAGCGAAGGAAGGCAAUAAUCCAAGUCAAGGUAAUCAAGCCAUUCUCGUCGACUUAACUGUAAACCUAAACUACACUUGAAGAACAGCUUACUGACUUUCUACAAUAGAACCACUAACUUAAGACUUAGACACAAUAACUUCUCUUGCAGAUGCAUACAAUGCUCAAACGGAUUCUUCUCUCAGGGGGCCCAUAUUCAACAAGAACUGAAACAGCUCCUGAAACAAAAACCGGAUUACUUAGACACUCGAACUUGAAACAAAGAACUCCUCACGCGCUGAGAGGAAGGACAUUCUCCAAGUCAAGGCUAUCAGUAGGAUUUCCUAUCGUUUCACCCAAGUUAUAGGGAUGGAAUUGAAUGGCCAGAAAGAAUAGAAACUGAGAAAUAAGCAACAUAUUUAGCAAGACUAAGUGCUUACGGGAGUUACGCAAGAAGGAGUGGAGUGGAACUCGACAAGUAACAGCUUUGGAAGCAAUAAUUAUGGUUUUGAUUCCUAUAGUCAAGUAAUAGUACUCAUAUAUAUAUAUUCUUUCUUACGGAUUCUAUUAGGCAUUGGCAUCAGAUCUUUCAAACUGAAACUAUACUUAAAGAAUCGAUAACACCUCGAACUGGAACUAGCUAUUCUUAUGCAAAAACUCCUGACUCAACAAGCAGGGGAACUAGACUAGCACCCGAACACUCCAAUAAGAAUAAGGUGCUAUAGCCGUUGCCCUUUUUUCGAAAGCUGUUGUGCGGAGCUACAUCUGAACUGAACUACCUCUUGAUUCUCUUCUCCACCCGUCGAUUAGGAUGAAAUAAGAACAGGAACAGGUCAUUCUGAUGCUUACCUGACAAGCGCUUUAACCUUAACCUCUCUCGCCCUCUUGCAAAUACGGAUCCUGUCCUGAUCUAGCUGAUUCUGUUGUAACUGUCUACUUGACUUACCGCUUCAAAGCAAAGGCCAGUUCCGUUUAUUAUGCCCCGAACUAAACUACACUUACCACAAAACGAAAAUCAAGCACUGGGGGAAAUCCUUCGACCAUGGAAUUGAAGAAUGGUGUGGAAGGGGCAUACUCGGUCGGUUACCCCUAUCCAGCACAUAUAUAGCUCAUAUAUGGAAUUUCAUCAUAGGGUACACAUAUUGCACAUCUAGAUUAAUAUUCAAAGGGAUUCUCGCCUAUGUGGUCAAGUAAGAAAACAAGAACAUAUGAUUGAAGUGCAAAGAAAGGGAUAGGGGAGUUAUGGUCUUGGCUUAGAGAUGCUGUAUCAAUAUCCGGAGUAGAGCAACAGUUCCUAAUUUAGAGUAGUAGUAGCUUGUCGACUUGCCCAGUAGCUUGGCGGGGCUUAGAGGUACCUUGGCCCUCCUUUAUCUCGUCAAUUCUUUGAAUAGUUGGGGCUCCGGGCAUUCUCUUCCGAAAGACCAACCAAUAGGAUAAUGCAGGAGAGAACAGAACGGGGCCGGCCGUAAGGGUGCAAAUGUCGUGGCUAAAUGAUAUAAUAUUGCACUUUCAGAAGUGAGUUUGUCUUUUGCUUAUCUAUUUUAUGUCACUACUAUUUUCUUUCAUUUAUUAUUCUUCAUUAUGGGGAUUCCUCACAGUCCGCCACUACCUUCCGACGACCCGGUUCCAAUCAAAUGGUUUCAUCAAUGCGUCUUUAUUAGCUUAGCCCAGACACUCAUCCAUCCGAUCAAGGGGAUUUGACAAUAACCGUAAACUCGAAUCUCACAAGAAGGGAGUGAAGGAAAAGAGCGGACUUUGGAUAAACAGAGUCAAGGUCAGUGAUAGUUUGAUAGAAAGAGACCAUGAAAGGAAAACUAGAAGAAUCGUAAGUACCAAAAGGUAGGGAAUAUCUGUCGAUCAGAUGCUAAGAAGGCUUACACUGGUUCUAUGUAACGCCAUGCCCAUUCAAGGUUUGAAUAGUUACGGCCGACCCUAUGUGAUCGAUUGAAGUUGAUACGAGGUCGCGAGUAGAGCAGAUCGCUUUUCUCCCAUAAGGAGAUGGAGAACAAAUCCCACCCGACUGUACAGAUCAGUAGAAACUAAUCCCUUUAGUAGGGCAGGACUGCGCGCGCACCUUUCCUUUCUAAAGCCUUUGCUUGUGACAUUGAAUCUAGUGCACAUCAACUUUUCAAAUAGACAUAAGGUAUAAGGUAAACUAACAGAAUAAAGUCAACUCACUCGAAACUCUAAACUAGAAUAACUCAUCAUAGCAUAGGAAGUCCAUAAAGCCUUUAACAAGCUCGUAGUACCCCCGCAGCCUAAUAAAGACAGUUAGUAAUCUACUCGACCAGGUUAGGCCUACAUCUUAACGGGUAAGGCUAAUCGUAUAAAGCAAGGAUGGAUAGAUACGCUAUUCUAUUAACCUUAAGUGCACAUGGUAUACAGUCCAACUUUAUGGUGGUACUCGUAUACGGCUCUCCCAUAUAAUUGGUAUGGUGUCGUAUUGUAUUAUAAGGAGAGUUCCAGAAGGUAGCUCCUUUAAGGAGAGUUCCAGAAGGUAGCUCCGUUCCAUGGUACUGUGAAGGUAUGCUUGUGUUCACACUCGCUGGCGGGCGGGGAGUUGCAAUGACUAACGCUAUACAUUCGACAAAGCAGCUUGUUCUCUUUAUUAACAUUCGACAAAGCAGCUUGAUUAACAUUCGACAAAGCAGCUUGUUCUCUUUAUUAGAAAGAAACCCCAUUUACCUAUCUCACUACGCUGGGGUUGAAUCGAAUCCAGGCCAGCCGAAUGAACGUGAUCCUGAGCCAGCAUCAAAUCUUCACUACAAGGCGUUACACGCUGGCAGUUCUUCUUUGAUGGGAGCUAGCUUAUCUUUAAGCUUCUUCCUUUGAUGCUGUAGUUUGGUGGGCGCACUACCGCUUUUAUGCCUCAGCCUCAGUUUGUUUGCUAGCAGGGUAUGCUCUUUCUUUUUCGUUUGUUUCGGAUAGAUAGUGUGCAGUGAGGGAUCGGGUAGCCAGUCAUGACUUUAAUCGGCGCAAGCUCUCUACUCCCAUGCCUUUCUUGGUCGGACCAACCCAACCAGUGAUUUCCUACAAGUCUUUAUGAAUUUAGAGAGCCAGAAGCGGAACAAAAAGAAAUGAUAUAUCUGAUUUUAUAGAAUUAUGGAUAACCAAUUCAUUUUGCAAUAUUGUUGGUAUAUCCUCCCCAAGAAAUGGGUAAAUCAAAUUCAAAGAUCAUCACAUGGGAAUAGAUCUUUAACCAAUACUGAUUCUCUAUUUCCAUUGUUGUGCUUUCUGAAAUGGCAUACCUAUACUAGGGUUCAAGUUUCGAUCGAUAUUUGUGGAGUUGAUCAUCCCUCUCGAAAACACAGAUUUGAAGUUGUCCAUAAUUUACUGAGUACUCGGUAUAACUCACGCAUUUGUGUACAAACAAGUGCAGACGAAGUCACACGAAUAUCUACGGUAGUCAGUCUAUUUCCAUCAGCCGGCUGGUGGGAGCGAGAAGUAUGGGAUAUGUCUGGUGUUUCUUCCAUCAAUCAUCCGGAUUUACGCCGUAUAUCAACAGAUCAUGGUUUCGAGGGGCAUCCUUUACGAAAAGACUUUCCUCUGAGUGGAUAUGUGGAAGUACGCUAUGAUGAUCCAGAGAAACGUGUGGUUUCUGAACCCAUUGAGAUGACCCAAGAAUAUCGCUAUUUCGAUUCCGCUAGUCCUUGGGAACAGUGUAGCGACAGAUAAUUAAUAAGAUACUUAGGUCUAGUCCUGGGGACAAAUCAAUAGGUCAUGAUAUUUGCUUCCUUCUCUCUUUCGUCAUCUUAGUCAAUGAUACGCUUAUGCUUUUUGGAUUGAGUUUCUUUAGAGUUAUAGCAGUGUUCAAUUUCUCUUUAGAGUUAUAGCAGUGUUCAAUUUCUCUUUAGAGUUCGCAGUGUUAUAUUCAUCUCUAUGACUUUGGAGUUUGCAGUGGUAUAUUCAUCUCUAUUAUCUCA